GUGUGGAGCAAGUAAUGCUGGGAGUUGUAACAGGAUGGAGCAGGUUCAGCAUCAUUGGGGUUUUUUAAGAGCCCCACAGAAUUAAUAGCAGCAACCUUACUGGAAUACUCAGCUCUGUUUAUAUCCAGCACUUGCACAUAUCCUUCCCCUGGUGUCCCUCCUGCCCAAGCCAUUACAACACCCUCCAACUCCAUUUCCAGGACAAGACACUAAAAUGAUGCAACAAAGACGCAUCGAGUCAGGUCAGCGACAAGUUGGGAAAUAGGAUCCUGGCGAGGAUGGAAAGAGCUGCAAACACAUAACACUCUCCCUGCGCUUGGGAUUAUUAUUGGAGUGGGAGGGCUGCUCCAAAAAAAAAUCUCUCCCUUUAAGAGGCAGCCUGCAGUGACGACUCAUUGAAAAUGGCAUUCCAGUAUAAAUUUAUUGUUCCACCUCCUCUCAUCUUCACUUCUCUCUUCUCUUCAUGUUCGUAUCCACCCUGGGCUGGAGGAGAAGGGGGAGACACAACUACAACAACAACAACAACAAAAAAAGAGGCAAAGCGCUCGGACUACUCCAGCCGGUUAUUGCGCUCAGACGCGCGUCUCUGUUCUGCGUCUUCCUCCCCCUUGGACCAGCCACAAAGGCGCAAGAACUGCAUCCAGUCCGGGAAAGUCCUUGAGCAAAGGCGGUUGAUUAAAUAUUAACAGUGCGACUGCUAGAGAUCCCUUGUGUCGAAGAGCUGACAGUUAGCAGGGCUCCAAUGUCCGAAGAGCUGGCAGUUUGCAGAGAUACAGCGUAGCUGGCAGUUUGCUGAGAUACAGCUGACAGUUUGCAUCCUUGUGAUACGUUGUAACAAGAGCUGGGAGUUUCCAGCCUAUUGUGUAUCCAGGCUGGGGAAGGCAGCGACAAUCUGCUGCUGCUGCAAAGUUUUGACCGGUUCCUGCUUCUCUUGACGUUUUUAUUCCUGUGGCUGAUUUAUCCCAGACCAUUUGUUUAUAUAUAUAUAUAUUUUUUCCUCGCUCUCUGUGUAAGUGAACAAUGGUGCUGCUCCAGAGCCUCCUGCUGCUGUUUCUGGCUGGUAAGUUGCACUUUGCCGCUGCCGCCGCUGAGCUUUCUAACAAAACUGCCGACUCCAACGGCCGGUCCGAUCCACCUGCCCAUUAUAAACAUCACCAGGGCGAACACCAGAGGCGCAGCGGCAUCGUGCAGAAUAUCGACCAGAUUUACGCCGGCGGGGGCAAGAUGGGCUACAUUUUGUACGCGGAUGGAAAGAAGUUUCUGCUGGACUUGGAGAGGGAUGAGUUGCUGCUGUCUCCCCACUUCAGCACCAGGUACCUGGGACGCCUCCAUCCUCAGCACCGUUUCCAGAGCCACUGCUUCUACAGGGGGACAGUGGACUCCAACCCCCAGUCUCUGGCUGUCUUCAACCUAUGUGGGGGCUUGGAUGGCUACUUUGCAGUCAAACAUGCCCACUACACCAUCAAGCCCCUGAUCAAAGGCUCAGCAGGUGAAGGACAUGUCUACAGUGAUGGUUCUGAGAGGGUGCUCCAUGCCUUCAUCAAGGAUCACUUUAGCUUUGAGACUGUGCCCACCAGGGCCAGUUGUGAGACCCACGGCUUAAAGAAAAGGCUUCACAAGCAUGGGCACCCCCACAAACACCAGCAAACCCAGGAGAACCCUCAGAAAGCCAACCAGACCUCGGUUCCUGCUGACCCCAACCUCAAAGAAACGUUUUUCCAGACGACCACCCUAAAGAAACGCCAGAGGAGGUCCAUAUCCAAGUCCAGACAGGUGGAGCUCCUGCUGGUGGCCGACGAGUCCAUGGCCAAGAAGUACGGGAAGGACCUCCACCACUACCUGUUGACUUUGGCUUCUAUUGCUUCUCGCCUGUACAAUCAUCCCAGCAUUGAAAACCAUAUCCGCUUGGCUGUGGUCAAGGUGGUGAUGUUGACAGACAAGGACAAGGGGCCGGAGGUGAACAAGAACGCGGCCACCACCCUGAAGAACUUCUGCAAGUGGCAACAUCAGCACAACCAACUGGAUGAUGAGCACGAUCAGCACUAUGAUGCGGCCAUUCUCUUCACCAGGGAGGAUUUAUGUGGGCACCAUUCAUGUGAUACCUUGGGAAUGGCAGACGUUGGAACCAUAUGCUCACCGGAGCGCAGCUGUGCAGUAAUUGAAGAUGACGGCCUCCACGCAGCUUUCACUGUCGCUCACGAAAUUGGACAUCUUCUUGGACUUUCCCAUGAUGACUCGAAGUUCUGCGAGGAGAACUUUGGCUCCCUGGAAGAUAAACGCCUUAUGUCAUCCGUACUGACGAGCAUUGAUGCUUCAAAGCCUUGGUCAAAGUGCACCUCUGCGACAAUCACUGACUUCUUGGACGACGGCCAUGGAAACUGUUUACUGGAUCAACCUAGAAAUCAGAUCUUGGGACCAGAAGAGCUUCCUGGACAGAGCUAUGAUGCCAUCCGUCAGUGCAAACUUGCCUUUGGGCCCACAUACACUGUAUGUCCCGGCAUGGAUGUCUGCUCACGUUUAUGGUGCGCAGUUGUACGGCAAGGCCAGAUGGUGUGUUUAACUAAGAAACUUCCAGCAGUAGAGGGAACACCAUGCGGGAAAGGAAGAAUAUGCCUCCAUGGAAAAUGUGUUGACAAAAACAAAAAGAAAUAUUAUUCGGUUUCCAGCCAUGGUAAUUGGGGCUCCUGGGGACCAUGGGGACAGUGCUCUCGCACAUGUGGUGGAGGAGUCCAGUUUGCGUAUCGCCACUGUAAUAAUCCUGCCCCUAAAAACAGUGGAAAGUAUUGCAUAGGGAAGAGAGCCAUUUACCGUUCUUGCAAUGUUACACCAUGCCCAUCUAAUGCUAAAUCUUUCCGGCAACAACAGUGUGAAGCAAGGAAUGGUUACCAAACUGAUGCUAAAGGCAUGAAGACAUUUGUUGAAUGGGUGCCAAAGUAUGCAGGAGUUCAGCCCGGAGAUGUUUGUAAGCUUAUCUGUCAAGCCAAAGGAACUGGAUAUUAUGUUGUUUUUUCACAAAAGGUUACUGAUGGGACUGAAUGUAGACCUUACAGCAAUUCGGUGUGCGUAAGAGGAAAAUGCAUCCGCACGGGUUGUGAUGGAAUUAUAGGUUCCAAGCUCCAGUUUGAUAAAUGUGGUAUUUGUGGAGGCGACAAUUCCAGCUGUACAAAGGUCAUGGGCACCUUCACAACUAAAAGCAAAGGCUACACUGAUAUCGUUAAGAUUCCGGAAGGUGCAACCCACAUAAAAGUUCGACAGUACAAGGCCAAAGACCAGACAAGAUUUACAGCUUAUUUGGCAUUAAAAAAGAAAUCCGGGGAAUAUAUCAUCAAUGGGAAGUAUAUGAUAUCUACAUCAGAAACAAUCAUCGAAAUGAACGGCUUCGUUAUGAACUACAGUGGCUGGAGUCAUGCAGAAGAUAUGCUUCAUUCCAUGGGACAUUCAUCAACUCAAGAAGUGUUAAUAGUCCAGAUCCUCGCCACAGAUCAAAGCAAACCUAUCGAUGUACGUUACAGUUUUUAUGUACCUUCAAAACAGGAUUCUAAUACAAAUAGUAUAAAUAGCAUUAACAAUGUCGUCCCAAAGAUUUCCCAGCCACAGUGGGUUACAGGACCUUGGCUUUCCUGUUCCAGAACAUGUGACACUGGCUGGCACACCAGGACUGUCCAGUGUCAAGAUGGGCAUGGAAAAUUAGCCAAAGGGUGCCUACUAUCUCAGAGACCAUCAGCAUUUAAACAGUGUUUGCUGAAGAAGUGUUAACCAAAGGACUUACAUUUGCUCUGAUUUUACUGUAAUUCUACAGCAUCUCUAUCUACACAGAUGUAGGCCAAGGCUUCUGUUGAGUCUCUACCUAAAUAAAACAUCAAGGUGAUAAUGUACCAUAAAAUGGCAACACAACCUCAAAAUCAAGAAAGGUAGAACGUGACAUAUAGUAAUGGAGAUUCCAAGGAGAACGGUCUCCAUAUUUUGCCACCUACCUCUGGAAUGAAAAAACCUUGAGGAACAUCAGUUAAUUUGUACUUGUGGAUGGCAUGCAGUAGGUUAUACUUGUGGUGAUUGUAAAUACUGUGUGUGUCAUAUUGUGUGCCACGUUAUAUCGCUCGCUUCUUGAUUUAAGAACAAGAUUGACCAAAGUAUUUCUGCAGCUGCUCUGACCAUUCCAUUUCUUUCAGGGGCUGCUGGAAAGAUUUACUGGAAAACAGCUUUGUUGCUGUUCGUUCGUGGGUUCCUUAUCCCCACCCCCACCCCAAACAUUUAUGACAGCAGAUUUUCAUUUUAGAAAAUGUGAUGCCUUCCCUACAGGGCACUUGAUAAAAAAAAUGUUACGAUCCUUGUUAAAAGUACACAUCUGCUUCUGUGGAAAGAUGUUUUUUUUUUUUUUAAAACCAAAAGUAAUUGGAGUAAACAUCUGACAUUGCUGUAAACAUCUGACAUUCUUUAUAAAUCACUAUAUUAAAUAUUGUUUCUAGAGGUCUAGAAAACAGAGAAAGUAAUAUUAAAAGUUAAAUAAAUAUCAGAUUUAAAAAAAAACCAACUUGAUUACUAGAUGGUAAUCUAGGAACAGGUGCCCUGGGUCUAAUAACCAGACGCAAUAAAUCAGAUGUUUGCUUCAAAUAGCAGGCUGGUAAAUCCUAUCUGCUGAUUGGUUACUAUAAGGUUAGAAUAGGAACACUUGUUACUUUACCCCAUUUAAAUGUUAAUUUACCAAGUUCCUAAUGGGCUAUAAAUUGGCUACAUUGUAAAGUGAACUAUGAGUGGCUUUCUGGAGCUUUGCGGUGUGUUUCUUCUAGUAGACAAUGCUGUAGUGUGAUCUGCAGUACCUUGACUGUGGCUGAAGGCACAUAAGUAUAAAUUAUGGGUUGCAAACUGUGACUGCUAUUUCUGCUUUAUACUCUGUACCCCUAAAAGGCAAACCACAUGUAUCCAAGACUGUUUCCACACAGAGAGCAGCUAUUUCCAGAAAAAAAAUAUUUUGCAGAUUGUAGUAGACCAGUUAUCAAAAAAUGAAGGGGGUUAUUUAUUAAGCUCCAAAUUUUUAUAGUUGUACUUUUAAAGGGGAAAAUACUGUUUUUUUGGAGAAAUUUUUUUUAUUCAUUGUCCGAUGAAGAAAGUACUCCAACUCAAACCUGCUGAGAACUUGUAUAAGACAUUGGCAAAUGUCCUGUUAACAAUUGGAAGCUGCACUGGGUUUCUGAAAAAAUCAAGGCUUUCAGGCGAUUUUACGAAAAAAUCUAAGGUUUUGAGCACAAAAUCUAAAACAAUCAGAUUCAGAUUUUUUUUUAUGAUUUUACAACACAAUAAAAAUUCAUGAAAAUCUAUAAAUAAAUAGCGGGGGGGAGAUCUGUGUGGAUUUGCUCAGAGUAGUUUUCAGACAAAAGUGAGAAAAUUUUAGAGUUUGAUAAAUAACCCCAGGGGGGGUUAUUUACUAAACUCCGAUCGCAAAAAUCACGAAAAAUUUGUGA